AUGAAUGUGACUCAGCCAAGUUCAUAUUAUGAUGAGAAAGAAGCCGCCAAGACUAAUAUAUGUACAACUACUAGUCCCUUUUCUUACUUGGAUUUCACUUCCUCCGACAGUCCUGGUCCGUGUCUAGACCAACAGUACCUAAGAAGCCUCUUGCUUGCCCCACAAGAAACACAACCACCUCAGUUUCAAAAGUUCAUCAACAACAAUGAUAUCUCGUCGUUUCUGUUAAACGUGUCAUCAUCAUCAGACUCAUCAUUUUUGGGAGCACACAAACCCUAUAUAGGCUCAAACAUCGAGCUCACUAGUGCGAUAUUGGCUCAAGAGCAGUGUCCUCCUCUCGUUAGUCUACAGCAAGAUCAGUACCAAGAAACUUGUUUUGAAGGGAACAUUUGUGGUGCAAAUCAAGAAGAUCAUCAUCAUGCUCUCUGUCAAGGCGCAUUUGGCGUUGUUGACUCAUCUUCAACUUCGACUAUUGUUGGAGACCAACAUCAAAAUCAGAAGCAUCACAUGUUCCUGGAGAGUGACUACUCCUCCUUUUCCUCUAUUAAUGAGGAUUUGCCUUCUUGUUUUUCCAUUUCAUGA